UGACCCUCCUGUCUGACAGGUGGCAGUAUGGUUGUUGUGUAACAGAAAGUGCAGUUUGUUAUGGGUGAUGAAGAAGUCGAACAGCACUAGCCCGCGUGGAAAACAUUGCGGAAAGGUUUGCCAGGAUGUCGGAGGAAAUACAGUCAGACUCGCAUAAUAAACACGUUAAUGAAGAAAAGGUAAAGAAGAAGAAAAAGAAAAGUAAAACUCCAGACCAGCAUGAACCCACUGAAAGUCCAGAGGUACAGACUAAAAAGCACCAUAAAAAAAAGAAGCAUAAGAAGAACAAAGAACUGGAGAAUGUAAGUCUGCAAACACCUAAAGACAAACAUAAGAAAAGAAAGCUGAAUGAAGAAGUGGAGGAUGUCACAAGCGUGCAGAAAGUAAAAGACAAAAAAGCACCUUCAGCUGAGUCAGAAGAGCUGCAGGAUUCAGGGGCACAGGAGUCUGCUAAGAAAAAGAAAAAGAGAGCAAAUGUGACCCAGGAAGACUGUGAAGAUACGGCACAAGGAGAACAGCCUGUCACGACUACAGAACAUGAAGAAGUCCAACACAUGGAUGAUCAGGAAAGUGAUUCACCUGCUGUACAAAUUGGUACUAGAAAGCGCAAAAGAAAGGGAACACAGUUGGAUGAACCAGAAGUUGAUCCCAAGCUCUUGAAUGAACUGAAAGAAUUUCGUCCUAAAAUAGAGUCCAGGAGCUCACAUGAAAUCAAUAAAAUGAUCAUGUAUGAUCUACCAAGGUUCAAGGAAUUCAGAAAGCAGGGCAUCACAUUGAGACAUGGAAGAUACUCUGAUGCAGAAAAUGAGAGGUUAAGACAGAACGUUUCAGAUUUUAUUGCUCUCACGGGAGUGAAAGAUGCUACCAUGCUCUUUCACCCAAAACGUUUCCCAGAUGAGAGACAGGAAUUGACAAAGCUGAAAAAGGUCCACAAGUUUUUUGAAAGGAUAGCUGAAGGAAUUCCCAGGCCUUGCCAUGAUGUUUUUAACCGUGGAAGGAAAGUUUUUGAUGGUAGAAACUAUAAGGGAAGGUUUACAGAAGACGAAGUCAAGUUAUUGCGCAAGUAUCAUUCUCUACAUGGCAGUAACUGGCAAAAGAUUUCUGAGCUGACUGGUCGAAGUGCUUACUCUCUCGAGAAACGCUUUACCCAGCUUAAUAGUGCCAGAAAAACUGGGCCGUGGUCUGCAAAAGAGGAGCAGAGACUUUUGAGGGCUGUGCGAGACCAUGUUGUAACGGUGCUGAAAUCAAAGUCCCCUAAUAAAAAACCCCCCAAAAAAGUCAGUAGAGAAAUACUGUACCAAAAAUUGCCUUGGUUCAACAUCUCCCUGAAAGUUAAAACUCGAUGUUGGAGCAAAUGCAGAGAGAAAUGGAUGUCCAUCCUCACGGUACGGAUGUCUUCAGGGACUUGUAGUGGAAGGCAGACUCAGGAGGGCAAAAUCAGACUCAUCAAAGCAAUGUAUCAAUUGCAAGUGGAAGAUGUUUCGGAUGUCAACUGGGAUGAUCUCACAGCUGUUUUCGGGGAUGUUCCUCCAGCAUAUGUGCAAGCCAAGUGGCACAAGCUUAAAAUUUGCCAUGUGCCUGAUUGGAAGAGCAAGUGUUUUGGAGACAUUGUUGACUUCCUCUAUGAGAGAGUCUUGCCAGACAUGAUGAAAGACUGUGAAGACUUUGAUGACGAUGAGCUGAAGGUUGACCAGAAGCAGAGCUUUCUUCUAUCUGACAUUUUUAGGGACAUUAAUGAGGAUCACUGCAGUGACAGUGAUGAGGAGAGUGGCCCAAAAGAGAACGACAACUCCUCUUGAACUAUGAUCGCUUGUGCAGGUCAAUCAGACUAUAACAAUGACUUAUGUAAAAAUAUUACACUGAAUACUAAAGAGAAAAAUACAUGUAAAAGAUAUAUGACACU